GAAUGUCGGACACAAAAGAGGUAUCUGAUGAUCCGAUGGAGCUUGGAACGAGUUCAACAGUUAUCGCUAAGGAGGAAAAUGACAAGGAAAGCCUGAAAAGAAUGGAAGUAGACGAUGAGAAAGAACCUGAAGAAGAAAUCGUUGAGAAAACUGAAGAGAAACAGGAAGAAGAAGACGUGACAGUAAAGCUAGAAGAUGAAACAGAAACUGAGGUGGAAAGUGUGGAUGGUGGUCAAGAAGAAAAAGAAGUUGUUGAUGAAAAACAGGUGGAUGCAGAGCGAGUAAAUACCAAAACAGAAGAGUUAUCACCGAAAAAAGAAGUUAAAGCGGAGGAAGAUCCUGAAACUGAAACAAAGAAGAAGGAUCCUUCUGAGCAAACGAAUGGUCAGGUCAAAAAGAAAAGUGAUAAGCAGAGUCCAAAAAAGAAAGAGAAAUCUGAGGGAAAAGAAAAUAGUCCCGGCUCAAAGCUCACCAACAGAGAUCAUAUUCUUGACCAUCUUGAUAUAAAACGAGACGCAACCAACCGUGUGAAGCUUUACGUUCUCUGCGAUCAACGAAUCUGGGAGGACCGAGGUACUGGUCAUGUCGUCACUCAUCAGUUAUCAGCUGAAGAUGGAGCUCCGUCGAAUGCUGGAAAUACAAUGGUCCUCGUCCGACUUGAGGGGCAAAAUAAAAACAUGCUCGAGUCACGGAUUCAGAUGGACACAGUCUACCAAAAACAACAGGAAACUCUAAUUGUUUGGUCCGAAACCGAUGUGAUGGAUUUGGCAUUAUCAUUCCAAGAAAAGUCGGGAUGCGAAGAAUUAUGGCAAAAAAUCUGCGAAGUACAAGGGAGAGAUCCUGGAGAUCCUGAUGCCACUUUCGAUGACGGAGACGACAGUGAUGUUGGAGAAAUGCCAUCAUCUGCUAGUCGCCUACAACUUCCGCCAAUUGAAAUUGGGAGGCUGGGUGAGCUUGAUGCGCUUCUUCAUAUGCAUCUUACGACAAACAGUGCCAGGGAAAAAAUGACUCUUGCUAUAGAAAACGAUAAUGUCGUUACAAAACUUUGUGAAGUUUUCCGGAUGUGCGAAGAUAUUGAACAUACAGAAGGACUACGAACUUUUUAUUCAAUCGUGAAGAACCUGUUCAUGCUCAACCGAAACACUGUUAUCGAAAUGCUUCUCGACGAUAAUAAUAUCAAAGACGUAAUAGGGAUGUUUGAGUUCGAUCCGGCUUACAAACAUCCAAGGAAGCACCGUGAUUUUGUCUAUAAAAAGGCCAAAUUUCGCGAGGUUUUGAACAUUUCAUGUGACGAACUUCGCGACAAGAUUCAUCGGCUCUACCGUGCUCAAUACAUUCAGGAUGCGUGUCUUCCCAGUUUGGGACUUUUCGAAGAAAAUCUUCUCUCCACACUUAGUAGUCAUGUAUUUUUCUGCCGUGUCGACAUUGUAACGCUACUUCAAAAAGACAAAAAAGCAAUGUCUGAGCUUUUUGGGCAACUGAUCAGUGAAGAAACAGAUGUUAUUCGUCGGCGAGAUCUGGCACUUUUCCUAAAAGAGAUGAUUAGCCUAAGUACCAGCAUCCCAUCAAACGGACCAGCCGCGACAAAGGAAACCUUUUUCAAAUUACAGCUCCAGAACAUGUUCAACUCUGAGAUUUUGGAUUCGCUGGAGCCUUGUUUCAAAUCACCUGAUCAUGAAACAAGAGCAGUAAUGGUGGAUGUACUUCGAACAAUGGUCGAUGCGAAUGCUCAAAUGAUCCGUGACUUUCUGCUCAAGCAAUCCAAAACGAAAGACAAAAAUGAGGAUGUGCUGCUGAAUAUGAUGAUCAGACAUUUGUUAACUGAUAUUGAUGUUCAUUUGACGUCUGGAUCAGAGAUUGUUUUGAUUAUGAAAACUCUGCUAGAUCCCGAAAAUAUGACAACAGUGAAAUCAGAAAGAAGCGAUUUCUUGCAGCUAUUCUACAAUCGUUGCUACGAAAGUCUUCUAAAGCCAAUUCUUGAGAAUGUCAGCGGAGGAAAUAUCAAAAAGGAUGAUUACAUGAUUGCCAAUCGUCAAUCGGUUAUUCUUCGACUUUUAACAUUCUGCGUAGAACAUCACUCAUUUUCAAUGCGACAACGAUGUGUAUCAAAUGAUUUGAUGAAUAAGGUUCUUGUAUUGCUCAAGUCGAAGCAUUCAUUCCUUGUCUUGUCUGCACUGAAGCUUCUUCAACGUGUGGUUACUGUCAAAGAUGAUAAAUACAUUCGGUACAUUGUGAAGGAGAAGGUUCUGGACCCAGUCAUGGAAUGUUUCCGUAAAAAUGGCAACCGCUAUAACAUUAUCAACUCUUCUGUCUUGCAUUUGUUCGAGUUUGUGAGAAGCGAAGAUGUUCGUCCACUCAUAAAAUAUGUUGUCGAAAAUCAUAUGGAAGUCGUUGAUUCUGUAAACUAUGUAAAAACAUUCAAAGAGAUCAAGAUUCGAUACGACCAACAUCGUGAUCGUGAAGAAACGAUGAGCGUUCGUUCUGAGGACAACUCAUUGGCAAGUCCACGAAGUUUCCGCAAGGAUCGUAAUGAAGAUCAAUGGUUUGAUGAGGAUGAAGACCUGGAAGUUGGAACAAUGCUUGAAUCAAUCGAAAAGGACUCAGUCGCAGUGUCUCCCAAAAAAGAAGAGGCUGGACAGAGGAAGACUGGUAUGGAGCCCAUGUUUCCAUCAUUACUGAAGCGCAAAAAUGCAUUUGAUGACGACGAAGCUCCAGUAUUCGGUGGAGGAUCUGCUGCUGUUAUUAAUAAUACCGAAAAGAAAAUUGUUAUAAAGGUUAACAGCGAUCGUUCUCCGUCUCGUACACCGUCUCCUGCAUCGUCGCCCCGAGCAAGUUCCUCACCAGGACCAUCCAGAGACGAUGAAGUAACUUCAUCUCAAAACAACAAAGAAAGCAGUCCGACUCCUACGGUCAAGUCGCUGGUCGAUUACGACGAAUCGGAUGAUUCUGAUGAUGAUCCACCAUCUCCUGACGCAGUUCCCUCAUCUUCAACUGGAAGUCCUGAAAAAGAAGGAGACUCCGCUGAUGGAAAGAAAGGAGAUUCGCCAGAAUAUAACGAUGUAUCGUCAACUAGCAACGAAGAGAAGUUCGACUCACGAAACGGAGCGCCAGUCACUAAUGAAAACGGAGGAGUAGAAGCUGCGGCACCAACAGUUGAAAUCAGCCGUAAACGCACUAGUGACGGUAUUGAUCCUGAUGCAAAGAGAAUUCGAACUGAAGAGACUGCACCAGCGGCAACUGCCACAGUUUCGCAGGCCUAAAUAAUGUUCUUUCUUUCCCGUCUACCUCUAUCUCAACUUUAUCAUUUUAAUAUUAGGUGCCUUCCAUUGGCUUUCCUUCUUUUGUCUUGUUUUUCCUCCAUUUUCGGAGUUCUCGUGUGCAUUUUCGAGCUUUAAAUCUGCUCAAUUUGCUUCUAUCUUCAUUAAUUCAAUUCAUUCCACUUCGGGUAAAAUUCAAAGUCCCCUAUUCUCCCUUUUCAUCUUUCGACAAAUCUUUUUAAGUUAACUCAUCGCAACUGUAUCAUACAUUUCUUUUCCAUUUUCCACAAAGCUACCUUGGAUAUUACUAUGUUUAUCAACCGGUCGCUGUACUCUCCACCAACGACUGUAAUUAUCUCAUUCCCCCACCCCCUUCCCAAAAAACUGAGCUUUUCCGUAAUCCAAGUUGAGUUUUGUACUCGAGUCUUCUCCCGGCGAUCACCGACUGACUGACGAGCUGGACUCGAUCACUAUUGCUCUCCACUCAUUAUUAUCUCCAUCUUUCGAUUAUUUCUUCCAAGCAAUCUCCUCAACCAAUACGUUUUGUUUUCUUGCGUUUGUAACUUAUCAGUGUUGAUAAAUAAUAUUGUAAAAUAUUAGUGUACACACUGAUUUCCCCCCUUUAUUAUUCAUCUCCAUCCAUCUAUUCCAUGUUCUCCUUUUCCUCGUGUUGUGUUCUUUCUUUCCCUGUUACCCACCCUUCUUUUAUCACCUUCUUAUAGUCACAUUUCCACCCUUUUUUUGAGUAUAAAAUGUGAGUAUCUUAA